GACAGAAUUCGUUAAUCGCAUGUCAUAAUCUUUAUUACGAAUUUGAUCAAACCUCGAAAUCUGUUUGUUUAGUUUUGUCUGCUUUCUCUGAAAUUUUAUCUUUUUAUUUUAUCACUUUCUAUAUAUUCAAUAAUUCUAGCCUAUAAAGAAAAAGCACAAUAAUGAACUUAAAACGAAGUUUUCCGAAUAUAUUAAUAACAGGAACUCCUGGAGUGGGAAAAUCAACCAUUAGCAGACAAUUGGCAGACCGUGUAAAAUUUGCGUGGAGAGAAGUCUCCAAGUUGGCCGAGGAACACAAUUGCUUAGAUGAGUUUGAUCCAGAAUACCAAUGCCCUUUCCUCAAUGAAGAUAAAUUGCUGGAUGUCAUGGAAGGAAUGAUGGCCAAAGGUGGUAAUAUUGUGGAUUAUCAUGGCUGUGAAUUCUUUCCAGAAAGAUGGUUUGAUGGCGUCUUUGUUAUAAGGACAAACAAUACAACAUUGUAUGAUAGAUUAACUCAAAGGGGAUACACAGGGAAAAAAUUAGAGGACAACAUACAGUGUGAAAUAUUUGAGACCUUACUCGAGGAAGCACAAUCAUCAUACAAGCCUGAAAUUAUUGUAGAGCUAAGGAAUGACACUGAAGAACAGUUGCAAAGCAAUGUUAAUACUAUUGUGGAAUGGAUCGAGAGAUGGAAGGAAGAAAAUAUAUAAUUUAAGGAUA